GCAGCUGCCGGUGGAGAGGCUAGGGGUUGGGAGCGGGCGAGCGAGUGGGGCGGGAGGGACGGACGGCGCUGCGGCGGCAGGCGCUGGAGGAGCCUGUGAGGGAGUGCAGAGGGCAGGCGCCCGAGCGCCCACAGUGGCAGGAGCAGCCCGCACGCCGCUCUCUCUCUGUGGGGGACCCGCAGUUGCAAUAUGACUUUGGAGGAAUUCUCGGCUGGAGAGCAGAAGACCGAAAGGAUGGAUAAGGUGGGGGAUGCCCUCGAGGAAGUGCUCAGCAAAGCCCUGAGUCAGCGCACCAUCACCGUCGGGGUGUACGAGGCGGCCAAGCUGCUCAACGUCGACCCCGAUAACGUGGUGCUGUGUCUGCUGGCGGCGGACGAGGACGACGACAGGGAUGUGGCUCUGCAGAUCCACUUCACCCUGAUCCAGGCGUUCUGCUGCGAGAACGACAUCAACAUCCUGCGCGUCAGCAACCCGGGCCGACUGGCCGAACUCCUGCUCCUGGAGACCGACGCCAGCCCAGCCGGGAGCGAGGGCGCCGAGCAGCCCCCGGACCUGCACUGCGUCCUGGUGACGAACAUGUCUAAGCACGUUGGAGGCUGCCAGCAGCGGAAGAGAUCCUUAAUCCACAUUCAUCGCAGUGGAAGGAUCCUGCCUUAAGUCAACUUAUUUGUUUUUGCCGGGAAAGUCGCUACAUGGAUCAGUGGGUUCCAGUGAUUAAUCUCCCUGAACGGUGAUGGCAUCUGAAUGAAAAUAACUGAACCAAAUUGCACUGAAGUUUUGAAAUACCUUUGUAGUUACUCAAGCAGUUACUCCCUACACUGAUGCAAGGAUUACAGAAACUGAUGUCAAGGGGCUGAGUGAGUUCAACUACAUGUUCCUGGGUCCGGAGCUAGAUGACUUUGCAGAUGGAAAGAGGUGAAAAUGAAGAAGCUGUGUUGAAACAAAUACAAGUCAAAAGGAACAAAAAAUUACAAAGAACCACGCAGGAAGGAAAACAAACUAUGUAUUAAUUUAGGAUGGUUGAGUUACAUUUAAAUAAACCAAAUGUGCUUUGUUAAAGUUCAAAUGUGCUGCAGUAGUUUGGGUAUUUUUGGUUUAUGUGCCCUCAAGUAAAAGAAAAGCAGAAAGGGUUAAUCAUAUUUUAAAACCAUAUUUUAUUGUAUUUUGAUGAGAUGUUAAAUUCUCAAAGUUUUAUUAUAAAUUGUACUAAGUUAUUUUAUGACAUGAAAAUUUAUUUAUGCUAUAAAUUUUUUGAAACACAAUACCUACAAUAAACUGGUAUGGAAUAAUUGCAUUAUUUCUUAAUGUGUGCUUUUGUUUCUUUUAACUUGGAAUGUAUUUUAAACAAGUUUUUUUAUAUGGAAAAAUUAAAACCCUUCUGAAAUCAUG